GACACUCGUGUUUCUUUAUUCAUGUCGCCACUCACAAUAUGGCGGACGAGCUCACGAAUCGUUACUACAUAGCAUUAAGCAAGUGCGACGUCUACUACACGUUUGUGGCACCAAACACUUAAAUUACACAGUUAUAUAAAAAUAUCAAUACGCAUUUUAUGUUGUGUAAUUUAUUGUUGACUUUACUAAAUAUGUUUAUGUAAUAUAUUCCAUAGGUGUGUUCUGCUCACGAUAUUUUGUUCCGACCUGUGUUACUGUAUUAUGGUUCCCCCUUCAUGUGUCUAACGUGAAGAAGCGAAGUGCCUUUUCGGUAAGCGGAUAAAAAUUGUUUAAUUCGUGCAUAUAUAUGAAUUUUCAGCAUGAAACUUACGCAAACGCUGGAGCUUUACCCCGACACCAGGGUGACGCAGAUGCUUUUUAAAAGCGUGAAAAAUGCAGCAGAACUGAGACAGAAAGCGGUGGAGGGAAAAAUAAAUGGUGCCCUCAUCAACCCGACAAUGCUGGUGGAUUCUUUCCAAGUGCUGGUGGCUGCCAAUAAAGCUUUUCAUUUACACUCCACUGGAAACAUGAAGACCAGAAGUCUCAACUCGGAAAUAAUUUUCAGCUUGUCACCGACAAACAAAAUCUCAGAGGCCUUCAAGAGAUUUGGGCUCUCCGACAGAGACGACUCGGUCCUGGUGGUGAUUGUUCAUGACAAAGACGAGAUGCAGGCCGUGGCGGACAUCACGGCCAUGGUGGACGGUCAGCAGCUUCCAGUGGACCAGGUUUCCUCACUGUCUGACUUGGAAAAGAUCAGAAAGCUGUACAAAGUCACGCCUCAGGAGGAGACAUGCGGCAGUCUGCUAGAUGCCGUCGUGUGUAGAAUGGCCAUAAAAGACGUCAUGUAGCUCCUGAAGACACAAGAGCAGCACGUGAUUGAAAAUCUGUUCUUUUCAUCCCAAAAAUGUAUUUAGGAUUAUUUUUAUAUUUUCAAUACCGUUUAUGACUGUGUACUCUCCUGGGUUCAGUAAAUUAUGUCACAGUUCACUAGUUUUUAUUCAGUUCUUCAGCCUGUUUUCUGGAACCAGUUUGGGGGGAAAUUUAAAUAGAAAAUCGUAAAAAAAAAA